GACGAACCAAACGCCGAAGCCAGCCACUCACCCCGUCCCUGUCUCCUGCACCCGUCACCUCCAUCUCCACCAGACCACCAGAAAUCCAGAAUCAAACAAGUGAAAGCGCAAACCCUUGCUCCGAUUCCCCUCUCCUCGGCCUCCUCGACGGAAGUAGCAGAGCAGGGGCCGCGGAGCCCAUGUGGCCCGGCUGCGGUGGCCGGUUUUACUGGGCGCCGGAAUCGGCGCCGCCGGGGCAGGCCAGGGGCGUCGCGGUCCUGUUCGCGUGGGUGUGGAGCGACGAGACGCAGUUGCGGCCGUUCGUUGAGCUGUACUCCUCGCUCGGGUGGCGCUGCCUCGUCUGCCACCCCGAUCUCGUCGCACUAUAUCUCUCUGAGAAAGCAAUAUCGCUGGCAACUGGUGUUAUAAAUGAGCUGGUUAAGGAACUGAAAAUAAAAAUUGUGCCAAUUGUUCUUGCUUCCUUUUCUGGCGGCUCAAAGGGAUGCAUGUAUAAGGUUAUUCAGUUACUAGAUGGAAUAUGUGAAGGAGAUGCAAUCAUGAAGGACUAUCGGUUAGUGAGGAACUGUAUCUGCGGGCAAAUUUAUGACUCUAGCCCUGUAGAUUUUGUCAGUGAUGUGGGCGCCCAGUUUGUCCAAAAGCCUGCUGAUGGAAAUUCAUCUCAGCCAACUAUAUUGCAUUCAUGGAUGGCAAAGGCUCUAGCUUCUGUCAUGGAUACUCUCUUCCCAAGCAGGAUUGAAGCUCAGCGUGCAGAGUACUGGCACACACUGUACUCGGCAGCAGGAUUGGGCCCAGUUCUUCUAUUUUGCUCAGAAGCUGAUAACCUUGCUCCAUGCUAUAUUAUCUGUGGUUUUGCACGGCGUUUGAUUGAACUAGGCACAGAGGUUAAACUUAUGAAAUGGAACAGCUCCCAACAUGUCGGUCAUUACAAUUCACAUGAAACUGAAUACAGGACAGCUGUAGAUGAUAUGUUGAAGAAGGCUCUCCUUACCUUCUGCCACCGAAGCCAACUAUAUGACUCAAAUAUGGCUGGUGACCGGGAGUACAAGAUAGCGCACUCGGUCUGCAGUCUACACAAUGCUGCAGCCAAUUCAAACGAGAGUUUAAGAGGGGUUCCUAACAGUCCUAGCGAUCACUUCUUCUUGCCAAGUUCGAAGGAUCACGAUGAGUCUCAGGAACCCGGGUCCCACAUGUCCCAUCCACCCUGCAUGGAGCCUAAAGGAGUCCUUGGCCAAAUCCUGUUUGAUGUUUGUGUUCCGAGAAAUGUUGAAGGAUGGGACAUCAAGCCGACAGUGUCCCCGAAUGGACGGCCAACAUUUGCUUCUGCCCGUCAACUUGGUCCAUUCAAUCCCAUCAGGUACUUCCGACGUUCAAGACUAUAGUUUUCUGUAGGAGUUGAGAUUAUUAUUUUUUGUAUAUAUAACGGAGGCAAGGUGUCUAAUGGGCACUCUGAGCAAGAUUUUACCUAUGUAAGCUCCCUGUAAUUGUUUCUGUUUUUUACUUUUGCGCUGCUUGGCGAGAGAAUGUACAUAUGCUUUGUAUACCAUAUUAGGGCUUGUUCGGUUAGCUCUCAAUCCAUGUGGAUUGAGUGAGAUUGGAUGAGUUUGAAUCCCAAACAAGUCAAACUUCUUCUCAAUUUUUUCCAAUCUCAUCCAAUCCAUAUGUAUUGGGAAUAACCGAACAAGCCCUUAGUGUGUACUAGAAGGUGGAUCGUGGACAUAGUUUCUAGGCGGGUUGUAAGGUGCACGCUAACAUUGAAUAGCCAAGGGAAUGCAUUAUUAUGCUCCUGUAGUCUCCUCUAUAUUUCAUGUUCGUCAAAUCUAACUAUCGGAAAAAUCUUCUCUU